UCUUAGCCUUUAUCAUCGUGCUAUCACGAUACAUUAAAAAUAGUGUUGAGGAAACAAUCCAUUAACAAAUGAACUAAUAGUUAAAUGGUGUGCCGAAGCAGCUCAGCAGUUGACACCUCUAUUGUCCCAUAUGUCUAGGCAGAUUGCUUUCUAUUUUUUUUUCAACGUCCAAUGUCGGCAUCUGAUGUUAUAAAAUGACGACAAACAGCUACAAAAAUGCCCCAAUCCAAUUAACCAUUUCAUACGAGGAACCAUACUAGGAAAAAGAUCAUUAAGUAAAAUUCUUAUAGCUAGCUGCCCUCCCUCUGUGUUUUGAUCGUCUUGUUCUUGGUGUAUAUUCAUUAUUUAGCUAACCGGCCAUGGCUGCUAUUAAAGGGCCCGUUCUAGUUUUUGUAUUAGCCAUGGCCUUUGGCUGCGUUGUUUGCUAUGAUCGUCCCGUUGCUCGCAAGGACGUUUCCAUCCCUCAACCAAAAGAGCUUUCCCCAACUUCUCCUCAACAGGUGCAUGCAUCUGUUGUUGGUGCUGAUAAAAUGAGGAUAUCUUGGAUUACCGAAGGCUCAGCUCCAGCAAUAGUAGAAUACGAUACAUCUCCAGGGUCAUAUUCAAAAUCUGCAACUGGAAGUACAUCUUCCUAUCGUUACCUUACGUAUAAAUCUGGUAAAAUUCAUGAUGUUGUCAUUGGUCCAUUGAAUCCGAACACGGUUUAUUACUAUCGUUGCAGCUCGGAUUCAACCCGUGAAUUCAGUCUCAAAACCCCUCCAGCUCUUCUUCCAAUUAAAUUCGCUAUCGUAGGUGAUCUUGGACAGACAGGAUGGACAAACACAACACUCGAACACAUAAGACAAUCGAAUUACGACAUGUUGUUGCUGCCAGGGGACUUGUCGUAUGCUGAUUUUAUACAACCUCUUUGGGAUUCAUUUGGCCGCUUGGUCGAGCCACUGGCUAGCCAACGACCCUGGAUGGUCACACAAGGGAACCACGAACUAGAAAGGAUCCCUGUCAUCCAUUCUACACCCUUCACAUCCUACAAUGCAAGAUGGCACAUGCCAUUCGAGGAAAGCGGUUCCAGUUCCAACUUGUAUUAUUCCUUUGAUGUUACGGGGGUCCAUGUUAUCAUGCUGGGCUCUUACACUGAUUUUGAUCCUGCUUCGGAUCAAUUCAAGUGGCUACAAGAUGAUUUGGGGAAGAUUGACAGGGGAAAAACUCCAUGGAUAAUGGCGAUUAUCCAUGCACCCUGGUACAACACCAAUACCGCUCACCAAGGGGAGCCUGAAUCAACUCUUAUGAAGAAGUUCAUGGAAGAAUUACUUUAUAAAGCUCGUGUCGAUUUUGUAUUUGCUGGGCAUGUACAUGCUUAUGAACGCUUUACUCGUGUUUACGAUGGAAACGUUGAUAAUUGCGCUCCGGUGCACAUCACAAUUGGGGACGGUGGCAACCGAGAAGGGCUAGCUAGCAAGUACAUGUAUCCGACACCUGAAAUGUCAAUAUUCAGGGAAGCCAGCUUCGGGCACGGACAACUUGAGGUGUUCAACGCAACCCAUGCUCUCUGGACAUGGCAUAGGAACGACGAUGAUGUUUCAGUUGUUGCAGACACAGUUUGGUUUACAAGCCUCUCAUCCGAUCCCGCUUGUAAACUGUAAAGCGUAUUUGUAUCUUAGAAACUUAAAAUUGAUUCAAUGAUACAAUUGGAAAAAAGAAAGAAAAUGUAGAACCGUAGGACAAUGUAAUAAAAAGAAGAGGUC